AUGAAGACCGAAUUUGACAAAAUCGCGGAGGAGGCUGGGAAUGCUGAGCUCGAGGCCUGGGCCGCUAAAGUAAAGGCCGCCAACGAAGAAAUUGUCACUUUUGUAGGUCAGAAGCUGAGGACCAAUGUUCCGGGGGAAUUCGUCCGAUACCUUCAAGGUUCAUACAAUGUCAACCUUGUCAUAAGAUUCGGCGAAGAAGACAUCGUCAUCAUUCGUUUCCCGAAGCGAGGAAUAACUGCUGCAAAGUUUCUCGAGGAAAAGGUCAGGAAUGAAGUACGGUUUCUAGAGUAUCUGGCCGAAAAGACUGCCAUACCUGUCCCCAAGAUACGUGACUGGGGAACGGCUAAGGAAAGUCCCUCUCAGCUUAGUCCAUAUAUCAUCAUGGAUUAUAUUGAGGGCACAGAGCUGUCGGAAAUCUUGCAGCAGCUUCAAGACGACCAUAAAGAAGCAGAAGUCGAUCUUGUAUAUGAGCAGAUAGCCGACUACAUGCUCCAGAUUUCGCGACUGCACUUUUCGGCCAUUGGACCUGUCAACAAGGACACGUCGGGAGCGUGGACGGUGACUGACCGUCCCCUCACCACAAACAUGAACAACCUAGCUUCUGUCGUUACAGACUACCCGGUAGAUCAGUUUCCUAAUGUCGCGUUCAUCAGCACCCAAGCCUUCCUUCAUUACCGUGCGGACGAGCAUUUGCUUCAUCUGCAAGUUCAGCGGAACCUUGCGCAUAGUCGUCAGGACGCAGAAAAAUGCUUCAUCGCACGCCACAAGUUCAAAAAGCUGAUUGAGAGAUUUCACCCUCCAUCGGAAGCCGACAACGGUCCUUUCAUACCGUAUUGCCAUGACUUCCGUCCCAAGAACAUGCUCGCUAGGUACGAGGAUGGAUCGUUGAAGAUCGUAGCGGUUCUGGAUUUUGAAUUCGUCAACACCAUGCCCGCUCAAUUCGCUUAUGACCCACCCUGGUGGCUCGCCAUGGUCAGUCCUGGCCUUAUGCUCGAGCAAUUCACUAUGGAAGACUUCGAAGCCUUAUAUGUACCACGCUUGGAACAAUUCCUCCAAGCCAUGGCGAAGAUUGAGGCGGAACAGAACGCGGGACACCGGAAAGAGAUAGUCUCUCUUACUAUUCGCAUGCGAGACUCUUGGACGUCAAAGAGGUUCUGGUUCAACUACGGUAUCAGGAAAGGCUGGGAUAUUGACGUGGUUUAUUGGAGCGCCCUUCAUGAACCGGGAGAUGAGAAGCUUAGCGAGGACUUGGAAAAGGAGAUGAGCUCGAUUGUUGGAAAGAAGAUGGAGCAAUUGGUGGCGUACGAAGCCGAGUGUGAGGCGCGCGGAAUGUUGUCAAGCAAUUGA